AUGUCAGUCCAGUCGUACAAAGCGUUUCGACGCACCACAGAUGGUUCAUCUGUUGAGCAGGUGGAAGAGAAGCUGCCAUCGUCACUCCAUCCCGAUGAAGUCUUGAUUCGCAUCCAUGCUGUUUCCCUUAACUACCGAGAUGUUGCGAUGAUGAACGGGAAGUACCCAGUCAAAGUGAUUGACAGAGGUAUCCCUGCAUCCGAUUGUGCUGCAGAGGUUGUUGCAGUUGGAUCUGAAGUGACAGAUUUCAAGCAGGGGGAUCAUGUUGCACCCAUUUUUGAUUUGAACAAUCUCACUGGAACCGAGGACGAAACUGCAACUUUAGGUGGAGACAUUGAUGGUGUGUUGCGACAAUUUGCAAUUUUUGACCAAAAGGUGUUGAUACACUUGCCGAACCACCUUUCCUGGGAAGAGGCGGCUUGUAUCACGUGCGCUGGAACAACUGCUUGGACAGCUUUAGAGAUGCCGCGGUCAAAUGGUACCGCAUUACUUCAAGGUACUGGGGGUGUCAGCAUGAUUGCUCUAUUGAUCUGCUUGGCAGCUGGCAUUCGCCCCAUUAUCACAUCUUCCUCUGAUGAAAAGCUUGAAAUAGCGCGUUCUUUGGGUGGGCCAGGAGCUGUGGACACCAUUAAUUACCGGACCUACCCUGAGUGGGAUGAACAGGCGCGUCAUCUUACAGGUGGGCGAGGUGUUGAUGUUGUGGUCGAAAAUGUGGGCCCUACCACUAUGGCCCAGAGUCUCCGUUCGCUUGCCCGCAGAGGGACUGUUUCACUGGUCGGCUUUUUAGGGGGAUUCAAAACAGACCAAGUUCUUGACACAAUUGGACCUGUGCUAGUGAAGAGUGCGGUGAUUAGGGGGAUUGCUACUGGCUCUAAGACUGACUACCAGAAUCUCUGCAACUUUCUAGCAGCGAAGAAAGUUAGUCUGAAGUCUCUACUGGAUGAUGCCACCUUCACCUUUGAAGAAUCACGAGCUGCACUUGAUCAUCUUUAUGCUGCCAAACAUAUGGGCAAGGUUGUCAUCAGGAUGUAA